AUGGCUAGUCCAGAAACACCUCCAGAGAGCAAGUUCAUUUUGUUUUGCAACUGACAAAACGAUGAUUAUUUCAAAUUUAGACAGCCAAUCCAAUUCAGCAUUGCUAACAUGUGUGGUUUGUGGAGAUGAAGGUGCAAAGACCCAUUACGGAAUUACUUCUUGCUUGGGAUGCAAAGGAUUCUUUAGAAGGGCUCUUAAGAAAGCCGAUCAGUAUGAAUGUUUGAAUGACAACAAGUGCGUCAUCAACAAAGGUAACCUCCUGUUGUCAUCGUAUUUAAUCUUUAGAUGGUCGGAAUUCCUGCAGAGCAUGUCGAUUUCAAAAAUGCCUUAAAGCAGGGAUGGAUCCAGGUGCGGUUAGACCUGAUCGGGACUUUACGGGCAAACAGCAUAAUCUGCGAACAUCGCAACCGAAUCAUUCCAAAAACAAGAGCAUCCAAACGAAACCAAAAUGUCCAGAAUCCAAAGAGGAACGAUGGAAGAAGUUGCCAGUGGAGAUCAGGACUACCAUUAUGAGUCUUUUGAAUAUUGAAGCUACUGUCAUCGGGGGAGAUACCACCAAAGAUCCCUCAGAAUUGUAUCCUCUUAACAUCAAUUCCAUCAGAGAUAUUAUAUCCGAUCCUUCGAAACUCAAAGGAAUGAGGACCGAGGUAGAUUAUGGUACUAAGGUAAUAAACUUUGCAGAUGAGAUACGAGCCUUAUCGCAUGGCUAAGAACGAGGAACUUCUUGGUGUAGUGAGCAGAAGACUGGUCGCCGUUGUGGAUUGGGUCGAGAGUUUGGCUGAUUUAAUGGGAGGACUGGAAAUCGAGGACAAGAUUUCCCUUGUGAAAUCCGGAUUCGGACCUCUGAUGUUGUUCAAAAAUGCCGCCAGGACUGCCAUGGUGACAGAUAAAGAAGAUAUUUUAUGUGUUUGUAAUUUCUCAUAUGUUCCCAGAAACAUGGCCAUAGCCUACGGGGAUGCAUAGUAAGUUUGGAGCAGCCAGUAACGUGUCCUUUAGUCAUCUUGAUAAUGGAUUGGUUGCUAGGAUCCUAGAUGAAAUUGUCACCCCGUUACGAAGGUUAAGAAUCACAGAUGAGGAAGUUGUUUGCAUCAGUGCCAUUACUGUUCUUAACCCAAGUAAGAGCCAAAACAUCAACUAAUAGUUUGAUGUCCAAGAAUAAUCAUUAGUAUUUCAGUGGCCAGAGGCAUAUCAGAAGUUGGAGCCGACAAAGUAAUGACUCUUCGAAACAAGAUCCAAGAAACCUUAUUCAUAGUCAUCAAGGACAUUAACGAAGAAAAGAAUGCCAGUCUCCGCUUCGGGAACCUUUUGUUUUUCAUUCCCAUUCUGACCAGUUUAGCUAAUAUUGUAAACGAGAAUAUUCGUUUCGCCCAGACUUUUUCUUCCCUUGGACGUAUUCCCAUGCUGAUCUCCUUAUUUGGCUGCUUCCCGGUGGAACCAUUUCUAGAAGAGACUCCCAAAGUUAUAUGCAAAUCGGUAGAAACGCAGACCGAUUCUCUGCCUCCGGUAUGUUACAAUCGCCCAAUUAAUAUAGUAUGUUUUUAGAAGAAGAAAACUCUUAAACGACGCCUUCCUUCGUCGUUGACCAAUCCAGUUGAAAACGAUAGAACUCAAGAAUUCCGCUUGUUACAGCCACCUUGUUCGUAUACUCUCACUGAGAUGUUCGAUGAUCGCAUAAAUGCCAAUCUUAAAAAACAGAAGCCACAGGUAAUCCUUCAAGGACUUAUUUUUAUUUUUUAGACCUCAAAUUAUUAUACGGCUCCUCCAAUUUACAUAUCUCGGAAUGAAAUGGACAAAAAAGUGAUUACAUCAGACUCCAUAUAUACAUUAAAGCGUCAUGGUUCGGGUAUUUUAUCUGCAGAAAACGAGUCCUCAAUAGCCCGAUCCGAUGUCGAUAGGCCAGGCCAAUCUCCCUCCACCUCCAACAUAUCAAAGAAGUUCAGUAAUAGUGUUCAGCUUUAG